CUUUUGUCCCCUCGCUCUAAAUCGUGCCGGCAGGAUAAACCCAGCUCCAGUACCGAGCCGACAGCGCAGGCAGGCAGUCAGUACUUUUUGCAUCGCACGUCUGCAAGCUGGCUUCAGAAGAACCUCAGAGCGAAGAACCAAUCGGAACGGCCCGAACACCGACUCUCGAAAUGAGCGCCGAAGUUAUUGCGGGAACUCCGGCUCAAAGGCCCGACAACUGCAGCCCCGAGAUACCCGACCUUUGUCAACCCGCAUUUCUCGUGGAAUGCAGCACCGGGGCCCACACAACUGGACAAGAGAGUAGCAAGUGCGUCGACGACGUCGACGUCGUCAGCAACAGCGCACCCGGUUGGCGUCGUGCCGUGAACGCUCUACUGGUCGUCAGGCUCGAGAUAUACCUGGCACUCUACGUGGUGGCACGAAAGAUGAGCACCACAGUAGUCCAGGACUUGCCCCUCCGGAAGUCCUGCCUCAACACGCUCGCCCUCAACUCCAGCGUCUGCUCCCAUCUGGACGACUUCGAGGACGUCAAGGACGAGGCCGAACAGUACGCCAGCACGACGAGCAUGAUCCGUUCCGUCGUGCACCUGGCACCUUCGGCGGUCAUGGCCAUCUUCGUCGGGCCCUGGUGCGACAAGUACGGCUACCGGACACUGCUGGUGACCGCCACGGUGGGUUUCAUGGCCACCACGCUGCUGGACAUCUUCACCGUGUACCACAUGGCGAUGCCGCUCUACGCGAACAUCCUGUCUAUGAUUCCGGACGGACUGUGCGGAGGUCGCGUCAGCAUCUUCACGGCCGUCUGCAGCGCGGCAACUUUGUCGACAAGGGAGAAACGCAGGCGCAUGAGGUUCUUCGCGCUCAGCAUAGUAAUGUCACUGGGCGUUCCCCUGGGCAGCUACGUCGGCGGCCAGAUGUACGGCCACUUCGGAUGGGUGCCCGUGCUGUACACGUCUUUCACGCUUGCGUCGUUCGCGCUUGUAUGGACCUUCGUUGCCAUCAAGAACCUCGCGAAACCGGAGCACGCGAAGGACGGGCUGUCGCUAAGGCUGAAGAAUUUCUUCCAGCUGCAGAACCUGACCGAGAGCUUCAGAAACGCGAUGAAGGCCAGGCCCAACAGGGGACGGCUGCAGCUGUGGUCUCUCUUCGCGGUCACUGCCUGCGUCAUAUUUGACAUGUCGUCCUCGGGAAUCGCGUACUUCUACGUGCGCAAGAUGUACUCCUGGACGGUGGCCUACUACUCCACGGUGCAGUCCGUGUCCACCGUGGUGGGCGUGGUCCUGAACGUGCCCAUCGUCUUCCUCUUCGUGAAGGUCCUCAAGAUCAGCGAUCCCGCCAUGGCGCUCGUCGGCUGCUGCUUCGCAGCUGCGCAGAUGGCCAUACUGGGACUAGCCUACGAAGAAUGGCUGUACUACCUGCAAUGCCUCGUGGGGCUUCCCACUUUCCUCGGCCAGGUGGGCGUGAGGACCCAUCUCUCCAAGCUCGUGGCACCUGACGAAGUCGGCAAGGUGUUCUCGCUAAUGGCCUCGUUCGAAAUAAUGGUACCAAUCAUCGGCGAGGUGCUGCUCACCACUAUAUUCAACCAGUCCAUCGGAUUUUUGCCGGGAAUGCCUUAUCUGGUGGCCGCCGGAAUCAGCUGCAUCGCCGUCGGCCUCACUGCGUACGUCACCAAAGUUCACCGGUACAGCAUAAAGUACCAGGACAUGUCCAAGUCAGAGAUAUCCUCUGGGCCGAUCAACGACUGAAGUAUCAGCCAACCUGCGCACUGACGAACAACUCCAGACAGAUGCACACAGGCACUUGGCAGCAACUAGCAUUAAGUGUGCAAGCUCUUGCAGUGUUCCUUCGUUACCUUCUUUUGGCAAACCAAAAGGACUUGAGCGAUGACCUCCGCAUGAACUGCCACACCAGCAGGUACAUUACUGCCACUGACCUUUGAGGCACGUCUAUACUGCUGCCCUGUGGAGACAGCUACCCGAUUCUUUUACAAGGGCCUUUGCACUUAAAAUCCAUGAUUUCAAACUUAUUGUGAAAGCUGCCUAAGGGCUAUGGGUUAGGCUAGUGUUCUUUACCACCUUUAGUAGGCAUUACAGCUUUUAGACGCUCCCUUCAUUAAUAUACAGAAACUCAAUCAUAGAUAGAUAAAUAGAAUUCAUUGACACGAAAGACAGAGAGGUCGACCUGAGCUAGUGCGCUCUAGUCUGCUCCUUUGCAGUAGGAAAGAGGGAAGGGGAGUGAAAGUACAGGGAUGGAUGAUGAUGAUGAUAAGAGAAGUGGAGACUGCUUAUGUAUAUUAGACAGUGGCCCGACUAAAGUCACUCACCUAGCUUGGUGUCCUCCAGAAACUUCAACAGCGCGUUAGUCGCCCACAUUGGAGUUGCAGUAUCAGGCCAUGGGCCGAGGAUAGCGUCCUCCAACAGUGGUUGCCUGCCAAUGCUGGCUAGGGAACUUUCCAAUGUCCUUUGCUCCAGCAUGCUGGGCAAUCGCACAAUACGUGUUCCAGCAUUUCAGGCGCCUGGCAGCAUUCACAACCAGGGAUGUUCGACUGGCCGAUGAGGUGCAAGUAGCGACGGGUGAAAGCAAUGCCCAGCCUAAUUCUGUGUAGCAGUCACAUUUUGCUCUGCGUAAUCUUCUGGGGCAAACAGAAUUUACCGUCUGGGUUGAUCAUAUGCAGGCGUCUGUGGAUGUUGUCAUCGUGGCCUCUGUAUGCCGUUGUAAGGUCUUGCAUGAGUGCCUUGAUCAUACAGUUGGUGUCAGGUUGUGAGUAAGCAAUCCGUACUUAAUCAGAGGAAGAGAAUGCUAAUCUUGCCUCACUGUCAGCAAGUUUAUUGCCAAUCACACCACAAUGACUAGGCACCCAUUGAAAAUUGAUGACAUGGCCACCUAACUCGGCACUGUGAUGAAGUUUGGCGAUUUCCAGCACAAGCACAUAAUGUGGUCCUUUCUUUUAAAAUCAUUUUUGUGCCUGUAGCACUGGUUUGGCAUCGCAGAACACUGUCCAUUUAUGAGGUGUCUGCCUUCUCAUAAAACAAACAGCCUCCCAUAUACCAUUAAGUUCAGCAGCCAUAGAUGUUGAUUUGUGGUCUAAUUGAAAUCGUCAAGUAAUUCCAAGUUGCGGGAUAACAAAUGCUGCUGUUGUGGCAGAUGAUGUGACUGAACUGUUGUAUAUACUUGUACAGUCCCACUAUAUAAUGUAAAUGUAUAGGACAGAGUGAGCCGUUUCAAGCCAAUGGAAGAAACAUGGGAUUUCUUCGUAAUUCCGGGUAUUUGAAGCCUCACUAGUGGUCUCGGUAAUGUCCAUGGAGGUGUCUCGGGGAUGCUGGUGGCCUGGAACCUUGCAGGUGUA